UUAUGUUCGAUUAUAAAUAUUGGGAAUAUUGUUGUUCAGUUCAGUGCUUUUUAGGAAAACUUUAAAAAAUAUAUUAAUAUAAUAAGAACAAAGUGCGAAGUGUUUUUCGUAACUAUCUUUAAGACAAGAAUUUGACAUUCUUGCACGCAUUUGUCAUUAGGAUUUGCCGAUUUAGGCAAAGAAACAACAGAAACUUUGAAGUCACUAAAAGGGACAAAGCAAAUCAAGGAGCUGAACAAGUGGAGGUCUGAGGGCGCAAAGGUGAUGGAUUCGAAGAACAAUUCACAGCAGAGCAAAACCGCUGCUUCCAUUGCAUCGGUUUGUCGUUUGUGUUUCAUGGAACGGGACCAGCUAGAGAUGAUUUUCGAUAACGAUGACGGAUACUUGUGCAGGUGGAUCGAAAAGCUCACUUCCCUGAAGAUUAUCGACGUUCCCAACGCCCCAGCAUCACUGUGCUCCAACUGCAAAUCGACUUUGGAAGCAUUCGACUCAUUUCGAGAGAUGUGCAUCAAUAACGACCAUGUAUUCAAGGAGACAUUUUGUGGAGACAACGGCAAGCCCGUAAAGUUCACUGUCAUUUCAAUUAAGCUGGAAAGCGAUGACGAUCAGGAAACGGAAGUCGCUCCUGCAGCAAAUGAUGAAAAGUCUUCGAUAAAAAACGAGUUGUUAGCACAACCGGAAGAAGAAGAAGAAGAAGAGAACGAUGUCUCGACACAAUAUUCGAUGGACGUAGAUAAAGCGGAAAUGCAUGAUGAAGAUACGAGCACUGAUAAUGAAAGUGAGGAUAAUGAACACAUUAUGGUGGCAAAUCAUAACGCUACAACAGCGUUGAAGGUUACCGAAGAUACAUUGAUAACUGAAUUUCAAGACAGCAAUUUGGGGGUUAUAUCUGUUGAAUCAACUAUGGAAGAUGAAGUAGCAAUAAUAGGCGAUAAUGCUCAGGAUUUUUCCGACGUUAAAACUGUUCUGUCAGAUACUCAUAAGUAUCCAUGCCAAUUAUGCAAUGUCCCCACAUCAAAACUUCAUAUUUUAACGCAUAAGGAACCAACAUUGUUUCAGUGCUAUAUCUGUUUCAGGGAAUUCCAGCGAUAUAACUAUAUAAGUAAGCACGUUUAUAAAUGGCACAAAGAUCACGAUAGUGCUUCCAAAAUUAAGAACCGUAUUGACAUUCCCAAAGCCAAUGAAGAUUUGAAGACACAAGACAAAGAUGAUGACCCCAAUAUUACUUCGCCAACAGACAAUGAAGUUGAGCAGAGCAGUGUUUCGAGAGAAGUAAUGUAUGAUGAUCAUCAAUGCAAGGUGUGCAAUAGAUCGGAAUCGAAAAAACAUGCCAUGACCCAUAAAGCAGAAGGACUAUUUGAGUGCUACAUCUGUGCGAAGAAAUUCGACAGAUUCGACAAAUGUAGGAAUCACCUUAAAUGGCAUGUGGAAUCUUCAGAAUCGUCCUCUCAUUAUUGCAAAAUAUGUAUGAAAAUCGAAUCGAAACUUCACGUGAUGAGUCACAAGGCAGUAGGGUCAUUUAUUUGCCAAAUCUGUAUGAAAAGGUUCAGCCAAAUUGGAAACCUGAACCUGCACAUGCGCUGGCAUUCCAUGAAUAAUAAACGUUUGCAAAUAUCAAACAACAUUCGUCCUAAACAACAAGUAAAAGAAAAAGUUGAGCCACCAAUAAAAAAGCCUAAUCAUGAUCCCAGUGCUAUCAGCGAAGAGUCCUUCACGAUGUGGAAUGAAGAAGAACAUCAGAGAAAACUACUCACGGUGUAUGGAGGGCGGUACUCGUGCAAAACAUGUAAGAAAUACGUAUCAAAAUUGCAUAUACUGACUCACAAGGCUAAAGAACUAUUCACGUGCUAUCUCUGCAAGAAAAAGUUUAUAAAAUUUGAUGGUGUCAGCAGGCACUUCCACAAUCACGUACGAAAGCAAAAAUCAGAACUCAAUGCUAAAAAGCAAAAGGGUGCAGCAGCAUGUGGCGACAACCAAACUGAAGAAUCCGUUGCAAGCGGUAGUAAAACAGAAUCCAGUGAAAUCGGAAAUACUUCCAGUUUGACGAAAUUCUACGAUAGCGACGAAGAAGACAUUCACUUGGACCGAGAGUUUGAAUGCAAAAUAUGCGAUAAAUACGUAUCGCAGCUGCACGCAGUAACUCAUAAGCCCGAAGGAUAUCAGUGUCCCGUCUGUACCUCACUGUUCAACCGGUUCGAUUGCUUCAGCAGGCACGUCAGGAAUCACAAAAAUAAGGGCAAAUUUGUUUGCGAUGUGUGCAACGCAGGGUUUUCCUGCACGUAUAGAUUGAAUCGUCACAAAAGGCAACAUGCGAAAUAAUAAAUUAUAUGAUUUCUACUAA